UCAGUGGUCAGGGCGUAUUGCGUAACUUGCGCUGACCCCGCCCUUACGUAGACUGUACGCUCAGCGCAGUUGUGAACCGCCUGUCUGUAGUCUGCAGUGGAACGGGACGUCGGUUGCUUUUGUAAAGGAAUGGCUGGUUAUUCAAUGGAUAUCGUUGCGAAGGCGCUGGAGCACCAAGUGCUCCAGUCAGCACGGCUGGUAGAGGAACAGCUGGAUGCGGAGCUGGAGAGACUUGAGCGGCCGGACGAGGACGAACUGGAGCGGCUGAAAGAGAGAAGGAUGGAAGCCCUCAAAAGAGCUCAGAAACAGAAGCAGGAGUGGAUGGCUAAAGGGCAUGGAGAAUAUAGAGAGAUCCCAAGUGAAAAAGACUUCUUCUCCGAAGUGAAGGAUAGCAAGAAUGUGGUCUGCCAUUUCUACAGGGACUCCACUUUCAGGUGUAAAAUUGUGGACAAACACCUAAAUAUCCUGGCAAAGAAGCACCUGGAAACAAAAUUCCUCAAGAUCAAUGUAGAGAAGGCCCCCUUCCUGACGGAGAGGCUGCGGAUUAAAGUCAUCCCGUCGAUGGCCCUGGUCAAAGAUGGAAAAACCAAGGACUACAUUGUGGGCUUCGCCGACCUGGGCAACACCGAUGAGUUCACCACAGAGAUGUUAGAGUGGAGGCUAGGCUGUUCAGACAUCAUCAACUACAGUGGGAACCUUAUGGAGCCCCCCACAGCAGCAUCAAAGUCGGGGUCAAAGUUCACCAAGGUGGAGAAGAGGACGAUCAGAGGGAAAACUUACGACUCGGACUCUGAGGCCGACGAUGACUAGAGGACUCUGCCGAUGCUCUUGCUCAAUCUUAGGCGCCUUCAUACAGUCCUCAACAAAGCUGGUUGCACAUCUUUUGUACUUCCAUGUUCCUUUUAUUCUUCUAUAAGUGAUCUUCAUUACUCCACUAAUUAGGUCAUAUUUGAUGAUGUACAAACAAAUCAACCCUAGUCUGUUUUUUUUUUUUAGUGUGACUUAAACAGUAGCCAAUAACAUAUAUUUAUGGAUUUCAGUGUGCCUCGUUUGCAUUUGCUUUCUUUAGGAAUGACAAGUGGUUUUCUAUGAUUAAAUGAAAAACGCAAUCAUUCUCAUGAUAACGGAGUCAGCAUUGUUACUUUCAAGGCACCAGCUCCAAUGAGUAUGAUGUCUUACCAACCUCGGAUCUUAACAUGUAAAUCAAAAUAUUUUGUAUCCUGAUUGAAACCUGCCACAUAAUUGGCUAAUGCUGAUUUUUCAGACCGUAAUCAAGGUGUCUUGUGUACCUUAAACAAAAUAGAAGAUUUGACUCAAAACUCACCUCUCUUCAAACGUAAUAGGCAUGACCAUUGCAACUCUGUAAUUGUCUGCUAUCAAUGCUAUUUUCUCAUUAUGUAGAAAACACUAAUGAGGCUAUUCUGUGCAAAUCACAACAAAUUCUUACAGGUAAACCUUUUUUGACUUAAUUGUUCCUACGUGCUCACUAGAUCCUAUUAUGUACGUGUUUCAGUCAAUGGAGUACUUUUGUUCUUUUGAAAGGAUGUGCAGAAGGGACAAAAUGAUCAGCAUCCUACUGAUGUGUCCCAGAUUAGGUUAAAACUUUUUUUUUUUUCACAAGGACAUCCUGACAGUGUGUCACUUGAUGUAUUAGCUAGUAUCUAAAAAGGGGGCCAUCUUCCAUUUCAUAACGUACUCCAAUUGUGAAGAAUCCACUGAAAGUGGACUACAUUCGAUUUGGGUGAUCUGGGGUUCACUCUAGCCAGGAGAGUUAUCAAGUGCCAUGGAAGCUAACGUGCAGCCUUCCAGAAACAAAUGUUUUCUCAGUUACAGUCUAAAUUAAGUUCUGUUCAAGUAAUACUUUAUCUUAAUAAAUAAUGUUAAAAGUU